AUGUCAUUCCCAUUGAUUAGUGUCUUGCUACUUCUGCAGCCUUUACAAAUGGGAUGUCAGAUGACAAAUAGUAGCUGCAGUAGAUACCUAAAGCCAAAUGUCUACAAGGAUGGAGACCUAGUACUGGCUGGGUUUUUCCCUCUUUAUAACUUGGAGGAACAAGAUAUUCUUACACAAAAUUACCUGAUAAGGCCACCUCAAGAAGUGAAAGAAGAUAUGUACCAAUGGAACAACUACCAAUAUGUACUGGCCUUUCUCUUUGCCAUUGAGGAGAUCAAUAAGAGCCCCCAUUUGCUCCCUAACCUUUCCCUGGUUUAUGAUCUCUACAACGCAAUUACCAAUGCAAAGCAGUGUAUCCAGUGCCCUUCUCAAGAGUAUCCAAACAGUGAGAGAACUCACUGCAUUCUCAAGUCUGUGACAUUCCUGGCUUUUGAGGAUGCUUUGGGGACAGCUAUCACCUUCACAGCUCUGUGCUUGUUUGUUAUCACAGCUAUAGUUUUGGGGGUCUUUGUGAAGCACAGAGACACUCCCAUUGUUAAGGCCAACAAUCAGGCUCUCAGCUUUAUUCUGCUCAUCUCCCUCCUGCCAUGCUUCCUCUGCUCCUUGCUCUUCAUUGGCCAUCCUAACACAGCCACCUGUGUUCUCCAACAAGUUGUAUUUGGCCUUGUGUUCACUGUGGCUGUUUCCACUGUUUUGGCCAAAACCAUGACUGUGAUUCUGGCAUUCAAGGCCAUGAAACCUGGAAGAACAAUGAGGUGCUUGCUGCUCUCAGGGGCUUCUAACUCUGUCAUUCCCAUUUGCUCCCUGAUUCAAAUGAUUAUCUGUGGAGUCUGGUUGGGAACUUCUACCCCUUUCAUUGACAUAGACUCACAUUCUGAGCCCAGGAAUCUCAUCAUUGUGUGCAAAAAGGGCUCAGUUACUGCUUUCUACUGUGUCCUGGGCUACCUGGGCUUCUUGGCUCUGGGGAGUUUCACUGUGGCUUUCCUGGCCAGGAACCUGCCUGACACAUUCAAUGAAGCCAAGUUUCUCACAUUCAGCAUGCUGGUGUUCUGCAGUGUCUGGGUCACAUUUGUCCCCGUCUAUCACAGCACCAAAGGGAAAUUUAUGGUGGCUGUGGAAGUCUUCUCCAUUAUAGUCUCCAGUGCAGGGCUUCUAGGCUGCAUCUUUGCCCCGAAGUGCUACAUUAUUUUGAUAAGACCGAAAGAGAACUCCUGGAAAGCUUUAAAAAAUAGGAGGGGUUCCAAAUGAAACAGGCAUUCUAAGGUUUUAUUUCAUAAACCUGUAUCACAAUUUUAUGGUUUUGAACAAAAAAAUACACCCUGA